AUGACCAGCCACCCCAAUCAAACAGGCAACGACCGCUUCAAUGCCGAGGCCGCCAACUGGGACAACAAUCCCUCCGUCCAGGAGGCCACUCGACUCGCCUUUGAGACGCUACAGCCCCUCAUCCAGUCGCUUUCCGAUCAAAAGCGCACGGCAACCAACACGAGCCUGGACGUUCUCGAGGUGGGCUGUGGCACAGGGCUGUUGACUCUGCGGGUCGCACCCAUGGUCCGCGAGAUCGUCGCCGUAGACAUCGCCGAGGGCAUGGUUGAGAUGCUAAAGGCAAAGACCACCCAGCCAGACGCCCCGCGCAACAUCGUGCCGCUGUGCAAGAUCCUCGAGGAUCCUGAGGACCCGAUCUUGCCCGCCGCCGAGGAGAAUGUCCCCGCGGGCCCGCGUCGCAAGUUCGACCUGAUCCUAUCGCAUCUCGUCAUGCAUCAUGUCCCGGACUUGCGACCGUUCUUGCAGACCCUGCUGGGAUGUUUGAAGCCGGGAGGAAGGGUGGCUCUGACUGAUUUUGAGGAUUUUGGGCCGGAGGCGAUCAAGUUUCAUCCGCCGUCCAAGCUGGAGGGAGUCGAGAGACAUGGCAUUCCGCGUGUCUGGAUCGAGAAUCUCAUGAAGGAGGUGGGCUUUCAGGAUGUGCGCGUGUCGGUUGGUUGGACGUUGGAGAAGAAUGUUGAGGACUGGGAGGAUAGCCAGACGAAGACUCUGCCAUUUCCUUUUCUGCUGUGCGAGGGCGUGCGUCCGGAGUAA